GGCAGCAUUCCACAGGUUCUCUCUCAAGGUUCAUCCAACCAUCUGCAACCGACCGAGGCUCUUCGCUGGACGCUGACACCCAGCAAAUACCAGAACACCGAAAAAGAGCACCGAAGGAGGAACAUCGCCUAAUUCCUUUUAAACAAACGUAAACAAUGUAACUGGUGCAACGCUGCAUACGAGAGAGAGAGAGAGAGAGAGCCCAAGUGGUGCGCGUUCCGAAACCUGAAAGAAACUGCAUUUCGUGCGCUCCUUCUUCAUGUAUUUUCAUUCUUUUUUAUACGUUUUAUUUUCGUUUUCCUCUCGUUACAUCUUGUGCAAGUGCGUCUCUCGUGUUCGUUUUCAUUCAUACUCGUAGUGCUGAAACCUGUGGGAACAUGAGAUAGGAGGACGACUUCUUCGUUAUACCAAUAAUUACGUUUUUUUCUCUCUCUUAACAUCGCCAACUGGGAAACAACCGUCGAGUUUACUUUGCAACUACUUGCACACCAAACAGAUUGCCUUCAAUCAUACAUUUUUUUUUUUUUGGAAUGAUGAGAAAUUGAUGAUUUAGAGAAGAGAGAGAGAGACAAGGAUGUCUUCGUCGCCGGAUCCGCAGAAAUCCGAUUAUCUUCCCGGAUCCCAGACCGACUCCAUCGACCACACUUUGUUAUCUUGCACGUGCACGGAGAGAUCGGAGAGUCCGAAGCAGCAAACGGAUCAUCCCAUCACCCAGCAUCAUUGUCAUCCACCGUCUUCGAACCAUCAUCACAUCAUUCACGUCGCGCAGACCGCCACCAAUCAUCAUCAUCAUCCUGCGGUCAGUCAGGUCCACGUCCACGUGCACGCAUCACCAAAAACCGGCCAGAAACCGUCGCCUCAGUGCAACUGUCACCAGGAGAACGAAAAUCAACCGGAGAUUCAGGAGACGAGGAAGAUCGAGGCGGACGAUCGGAUCGAGGUGUCGCCGCUUCCUCCCGCUCUUCCGCCUCGACCGCCGCCAAGACCUAGGUACGAUGGAAGCCUAAACAGAUGCAAUACCAGCGAAACUAGCGUCGGAGGAAGCCGUAUAAGAAAAUAUGUUUUCUGGUGCUGCGCUUGUGGAGGAUUGUCCACGAUACUCGGUGGACUCUUCCUCGCAGUCUACUUCCUCCUCAGAUCGUACACUUCGACCUUGGGCUAUUUCGAAACUAUACCCACUUUCGUACCAGCAGCUAUGCUCAUUCUCACUGGAUUAUGCGUGAUAAGUUUAGCGAGGCGGAAGAACAGAUACAGCUAUUUGUUGAAAGUUUGUGGUCUCUGUUGUUUGGUUUGCGCCUUGACCUGCGUUUUGGUAACAAUAACAACAACGGUAAUUCACAUGAACCGAUUGCAGACGUUGAGGGAAUGCGUGUACACGCAAAAAACUAGAACCUGCACAUGUUAUUCGGUGCUGUUGGAGGCCCAUUCUCAAACUGAUGAAGGUAUGAGGUUCGUCUUCGAUUCCACCCCGGAUUGCGAAGUAAUUCACGGCGCUUUGUACACCUGUCUGAGAGCGAUGUUCGGGCUUUCCGUGUCCGGAAUUCUCGUUUGCAUCUUCUCGUGCAUGCUCGUUUACCAAUUGCUCAGUCAUGAGAGAAAGAAGAUGUAUUGGGAACAACUGGAGUUGAGAUGCAGGUCGUUUUAUCAGCAGCAGAGCGGGCCUCCUGUCAGCGCCCCGAGCUCGAUGAGAGGACCACCUUUACCUCCUGCAACGUACUGCAGCUGCUGCGAGGAGUGUCGUUAUCCUGCACCGCAAAUUUAUCCAUGGGAUGCACAUCACGCCGCAGCAGAAAGAUUCUGGACUCCGGGAAGGGUCGGUAAUUUUUACUCUCCGAAUCCAGGCGAAGAGAUGCCUCCGACGGAGAACAAUAGGAUUGCUACAGGAUGGAAUUGGAGACGACUGCCGUGGACAAGGACUGCGCAACCAGAAAACCAAAGAGAUUCAUUAAGUUAUCAAGGUAUCAGCAGUGCGGACAGUCAGUAUGGAUUCAGUAAUAGGGGAGGUGAACCGAACGUUCCAGUUUCUUCGACUGGUUCUUACAGUGUAUUGGAUAACAGACCGGUCGGAGGUGUUUAUGUUUGGGGUCCUCCUCCACCUUACUCUAAUCCGAAUUCUCCAGCAAGACGUCAACUCCCUAAUCGCUACCAUCAUCAUCACAUGCAUCCACACGACAACCAUUGUCAGAUGAACGAAGAGAACCAGAGAGGCGACUUCCAAAGACGAUCCAGACACAAAGACAAUUACGAGAAUACCGUGGAAGCUGAAGUACAGCAGGUUGAGAACAGCGAGAACACGGACACAUCCAGCUGCGAGCGUGUCGUGACUCACACUCUACCAGUCCGCAAGAUGAAGAAGAUGCAAACUGUGAAAAUGGACGAAGAACACAAAUACCAUGAACCGAAUUUACCGGAUCACAAGAACGAGGAAUGCAGAUUCCUGCCUCGACUUCAGGGCGUUGAAAACGCAGCGUUUCAAAAACAGGAGAACAGCCCUCAAAAAUUAGAGCCCACAGAGUCCGAAGUGUACUUCGCCGAUGUCAGCAGCUGCUGCAACAUUUCUGUGCGAAACGAUGGACAAGAUUCGUCGUUGUACGACGAAGCUGUGGAUUCGCAGAAGCCGCGUCUCUUGAAACCGGAAGCUCAAGAGAAUGACGAUUAUUUAACGCAGAAAUUGGGAAACAGGCAGAUGUCGAUUCGAAGCCGUCUUCCGUUCCCGCUUCCCGAAGAACCAAAAAUGCCCAAAGACAUUUCUCAGAAUAGCCUUUCGAGCAGUGUGCAGACACCAAUCACCGAAUCCACCGAUGAUUGCAUAACUCCAACGGCGGAUUGUUUCAUUCCCAACGAGUUCUUAGCACCUGAUGCUCAAUACGAGGUGAUCCAAGAGAACGCCACUCCGAGCCCGAGCUACAGGAACAACCUGACCACGACGAUUUCCAACUUGAAUUACAAUUACAACUCGUUCAAUACGCAAGCACCGAUGCCGCAAACACCGACGAGACGAAACAUAUCGACGAUCAUCCAGAAUAUGGCAACAAAUCCGACUGGAAUGAUGUACGCUCCGGAAUCGAAGGGCGAAGAUGAGAAGGCCCAGAACAGUCAGCACAGCGAUGCAACGGUAGAUUCCGGUUGGCACAGUGGAUCCGAGAAGACGGAUAAAAUCGAUGCACUUAGCAAACCAGUCAAUGUUUAGAAAAAGAUACCCUCAUGUGUAUAAACUCUUCGAUGUGUAUGUGUAUAGAAAGACAAAAUUGUCGAACCCAUCUCUACCUAUAUAUAUUUUUCUUGCCCUAUAAAAAAAACCUUUAAUUCGAUUUCGUCCCUAGAUGGACGACGGAAACCCGUAAUUAUAAAUUGUAUAUUUUUGUUUGUUUUUUU